AUGACGGACCUCAACGACACGACGCUGGGACACUUUUCGUAUCUCAACAAUACGAGGGCUGCUCUUAUUGAUGAGAACAUGUUUUUGGCACCCUUCAUCAACUAUCCGUACAAAAUCGCGCGAUCGUUCUACUCUGCGGUCUUGUCACAGUACAAGUCACAGACAGGUGUUUCGCUCGCCACAAACUCUGCGCACUUAGGUGCUUCCACGCUCGUCGAGACUGCGGGCUACUUCUUCAGUAAUUAUGCCAUUGGCUGCUUUGUGACUGCGAUGGUCCUCAACCGCAUUGUAGCCAUGGCUUCCCUGAGAUCAAACUCCCAGGUUGCUCGGCUACCGCUGUGGUCUCGUUUCAUCUUCCAUGCUUGUGCUAUCCUGGCACUGGGUUACAAUGUAAUAUUGACGCUGCGACCGUUCGCGGAUGAAAAGCCGCUCGUGGACAUACACAACUACUUCGGAAUAACUUACGGGGUAAUUUGCUUGUCACACUGCAUUGAAACGUUUGUAACCACCACUACAAACUUGAAACCCAUGGAGGAAUUCGAUUACAGUAUUUUUGAGUUAUCCAUGCACUUUUAUGCGUUGACUAGGUCAAACCCGCGCCCGGAAGACUUUAUCCCGGAUUGCCUGAUGGCGCUUCUGGGUCGCUUGAUUAUACACUCCGUCGAAUUGACGAACAAAAGGAAUCGGCGGCUGCUGCUGUCUACAAUACUUAAUAUGGGCCACUUGGUAUACCUGGGGCAAAGGGUCUACACUUUGGGUACUGGUUCUUUGCCUCUGCUAGUACGAUACCGGCAUUUUCCUAAGCUUUUGGCUUUGUUCUGUACCGCCGUUUCCCUUGCAUGCUACGCGCUUGCAUGUAUUGCAAGACUGAACCCUUUUUCUUCCAACGAUGAAGCUCACGAUAUUUCAGAUUUGCAGUUUCACUCUUUCAUGAACAACUGGUACGCGACUCUGAAUUGCACCGGAGAGGAGGAGUUCACAAGCACGUUGAUCAAGCUUGCUAUUAUGAUUUGCAACCCCGAGCAGGCAAAAAGGUUUGGGCUCCAUAGAGAGUUAUCACAAUUAAGACAACCUGGGGAGGUCCACAAGUCAUUCUUCGUUAGCGGAUACAACAGCAAAUGGCAGAGUAUACCACAGGAAGCAAUUACGGACGGUGCUGCGAAGCAGGGGCGUACGGUCUGGCAGAGAAAGGUUACAGCUGUGAGGGACCUGCUGGUGGCUGUCUUCCAAAGACUCAAGGCAACGUUUGGGAAAGCUCCAACAGGCCAUGCUAACGAGAGUUUUUCUGAGGAACACAAGAAAAAUCUCAACGACUUUGUAUCUGAAAGAAACUACAUCAAGUUUCUCAGCUUAGCGCCCGACCUUAAUGCGAACCGCAUUCAAUCGAAUGACCUAAAGUAUCUUUUGCCGGAGGACGACUUCUCCGCAGAUUACUUGGCUAGCGACGAUGAGGGCUCUGAAGAAUUGCUAGAAGAGUUUGGUUCUGAAGACGAAGAGUCUGAGCUAGGUGAUGUUCCGCUGACAGAUCUCAUCGUGCCGCCGAAUUCUUCGAUGCCUGCCCAAAUGGGGAACACAAACGAUCUGAAGUGGUUUUACUCAAUGUGGUCCAUCCUCAGUUGUGAACUGCAGCACAACAAAAGGCUAACCAGGUCGCAGUAUUCAGAGCUCAAUGAGCCAGGGAUUUUACACGAAGUAAUGAUGGAACGAAUCGCCGAGACGGGAUCUAGUAAUGAAGCAAAAGAAAAGUCGGAGCGUGAUAUGACAUGUGUGGUGUGCAAGACAAAUACUAGGAAUAUCGUCUUAUGGCCUUGCAAAUGCUUCGCGUUGUGCGAAGAAUGUCGUGUCUCGCUCGGUCUACGAGGCUUCAAGACAUGUAUUUGUUGUAGAACAGAUGUGCGGGGCUAUAGCAAGAUAAAUGCAGUAUGA